UGACCCACAUCCAUUGAACAAUUGACACUUAGCCUUUAGAGACACCCAGUAACUUCCCUCAUGUUUCCUCUAUUUAUACUCAAAAUCUAAAUCAUCCACAGGAAAUAACAAUGCAAAGUAACAAAACAGAGAGAAAUGGUUACUUUAAGCUCAUCUUCUUCUUCAACACCAAACACUUCUUUUGAUUUCAUGAUGAGCAAUAAUAGUAACAGUCUCCAUGGUCCUUUCUCUUCUUCUUCUACUUCCUUCUCUUACUUGACAAGCAAGGAAGAUGCUCUCACGCAGAAGAAUCUAAACAUGGACACCAAUCCAGAAAAGGAUCAAGAUGUUGUUGGACUCAGCAAGAAAGCUUCUGAAGAGAUUGAGAUCGGUGUGUUUGGAGCUGAGAAGUACUUCAAUGGAGAUAUGGAUUCCGACAACAGUUCCUCACUUGUGUCUCCUUCAAUCGACAGAAUCUUCGUUGGUCCGAUGCAAAGCUCCAAAAACUCCUCUGAAACUCCGAGUCUUCGGUCUGAAUCCAGCUGGAAUAGCCAGAGCUUGUUGCUUCAUAACAAAUUGGAGAACAACAAGAAGAAGAAGAACCUCACUAAAAACCCUAGCUGUAAAAGUUACUUGCAGGAGAAGGAUGUUAGUAGCAACCAAAAGGUGAGUAACAAGAAGAAGAGCUUUCUCGUGAAUCUUGGCUGCAAAGGCGUUUGUUCUAACUGGAAUGCAGUUGAUGUCGUCGACGACGAGAAGAAGAUCAAGACGCAAUCGAGUUUCUCUGGAAACCUAAGCUCGGAGAUGAAGCUUCAUCAGCAACAACAACAAGCAAUGUCAGAGCAGAGGAAGUCUCUUGAAAUAUUUGGAUCUCCUCUUAUUGAGAAGAGAAUCAUUUCCAAGAACUUUCCAUGGGAAAACUCAAGCUCUGCGAAGCAUGAAGAAGAAGAAGAUGGGAGUGUGAGUGAUUUAAGUUCAGAUCUCUUUGAGAUUGAGAGUGUAACAAGGAAGAACAAACCCUACCUUGCAAGACAAGAAAGCAGCGAUGUAG